AUGAAUUGGCCUCUAGCUGUAUCAGACAAUCCAUCCCUCUUCAAUGAGCGAUACCAGGAAACUGAGUAUCUCGACGAGCCCAGUGGGAGCCCUUUUUCGUACUCGCAAUACUCCUUUCUCGCUGCGAACCCGAACAUACUUCAUCCAACACAAGGCCAAGCAGGAGUGAGCAAUGCCAAGUACACCUCGCAAUACUCUAUCGCAGAGGGUACUGUAGGGACUAGCCAGCCCAUGGCCUACACUGCCCCUAUGCUUGGUCAGCCGCCGCCUCUUUCGCCGCAGCCUGCUCAUUCUAUGCAAAGUACACCACAAUGCAUGCCUAAUCAUGACACCCAGGCCAGGAGCCAGAGAUCUCGAGCUUAUCCUAUACCUCACAAGGCCGAUCGUUUUCUUUCAGAGCGUCGGUAG